CUCUCUCCAGCUCUACAAUGUGUCUCUACGCACCCGGUACCUGUCAUCACCGCGCCCUGCAGAUGCCCACGUUCGUACGGUUCGCAAUGAUGCGGCCGCGACUGGCCUCGAUCCCGGGACGAGUAAGUAACGGUCUGCUCCAGACACCACGCACGGCGUCCCGCCGGACCUGUCGCCCUCGUCCAGGGCAAUGGCCCGUGAGUUCAGUCCCGCACGACUCGUAGCCAGUGACAGUGGCACGCGUCCCUGAGGCUGACGUCUUGAGAUGGCGGUUACUGAUGGCGUCGAACACUCGACCGGCUUGCAUGGCACCCCAAACGUCCUCUCCGGGCUUGCGGGAGGGACCAUGAGUGCAUCGUCAUGUCGCAGAAGGGGCACACUCACCCGUUGAAGCCCACGUCUCACAGCGGGACCCACGGGAACUUCUUGACGUGGUUGGCGAGACGUCCCAGAGACUGAGUGAGGCGGUAGCGUUCAUGCGAUUAGUAGAGGUCGGAACGGUCGUGAAACACAGACCGGCUGAGCCACUUGCAGGCACGAUGCAUGCUGGCCGGUCGUGCUGUCAGUGUCGCGGCGAGUUCGUGCAGCUGGACGUUGUGGCACUGGCAGCCUCCGGCGCUCUGCCCUCGCGUUCCCCGGCGUCGUGUCGCACUAACUCGCUGGUCUGUUGUCCGCAUCAUCCACCUUCCUCCACCGCCGUUCGCUUGUCUUCUAUCUUGAUCUUCCCGCCUGCUUCUCCUCCACGUUUGCCGUUCCGCGCUGGCGACGUUGUGCCGCCACGUCGUGACCGGCGACCGCUUACUGCACUACCACUCACUCAACCGUCGCGUCUACACCGCCGGCCUUCCUGGAUCACCUUCACUCUCCGCAACUUCCGUGCUCUUCGAAGACUGUUCGGAACGUUUCGGGACGCACAGUCCGCCAGCGCACGCCUCCGCCGCAUCUCCUCAAACAGCGAUCUCGUUGCGCGUGCCCUCGCCAGGGUUUCGCACACGGAGUUGGGUCUAGAGCCGGUCAAUGGGGCCGAGGCGUCGCGACUUCAUCCCGCGAGCCAAACGUCUGAGCAGUCGACACGAUAGACGAUGCCGCCGUCCAUCACACGGAAGACGACCUUCGGGACGCGCACUGAGGCGCCGGACAACAGGGGCAUGGAACCGGUGACGUGGACGGCAGAGGAACAGCGG